UGAGGCCACCUCUCAGUUUCGAUUCGCUCGGCCCGCAAUCGAUAUCCAGUUUCACAAGAAGCAACGCGAGUCGAACCAAACUUUGUAUUUAUUUUUAAUACAAGAAAGAAAAACGCUGUGCCCACAUUUAGCUAAACUGUGUUUAACCGAGUUGCAUUAGUGAUAAACGCUAGUUAACAGUAGCUUUUAGUAGCGAAAUUGAAGGCCUGCGAGCAAGGCAGCAAAGAAGCAAAGAGACAAACGCAACGCCUGUGCAGUGUGUUUGUGUGCGUGCGUGCGUGUGUGUGUGAGAGAGAGAAAGAGGAAAAGAAAUUUUUCCUCAUCUACUAACCAAAACAAACGCACAAGCACAAAUUGCAGUCAUGAACAACAAAGGAGUUAAUGGAUAUCCAACGUAUGACGCCGUACAGCAGGCCGCACAGCAGGCUGCAUAUCAGCAAUACAUGCAUAACAACCAGAUGCACGCACAUGCACAACUUCCGCCUUCGUACAACUCGGUGGUGACCAGUAUGACGCCAACCUACCCGCCAUAUCCGCCAGGAGUCGUGCCCCAGCCGUACUACGCCAACAGCUGGAGCGUGAACCCGUCCCCCCAGGCCCAGUUUGCCCCGCAGCCACCGCCGUACGCGAGUGCACCGGCGGCCGUUGCCGCCAUCCCGGCGCAGUCGAUGCAUCCGCAGAUGUACCAGUACCAGAUUGCGGCCGCUCCACCGCCCCAGGCCCAGCCACCGCAGGUCUACCAGACGCCCGUCUAUCCCGUGCAGGGUGCCAUGUUCGAUGCCGGUGCGCGGUUCGGCAAGACCGGAGGCCAGCCAACGAUUCCACCGCCACCGCCCGGGAUCGCCCCGAACGCGGCCCAGAUGGCCUCGAUGCACGGUCAGCAGGUGAUGAUGGCCAAGAAGAAGAACAACUUCCUGCACGGUGGCAACGGGGGCGGCUACACGUUUUGGUGAAGUGUGACAGAGCGUGUGUGUGUGUGGUGCUGUGGUGCACAUGCAGCCUUUUUGGUGCAUUUCCGGCAGUAGGUGCCAUGGGAUAGGAGGGGUUGGUUGUGGAUGAGAGCGGAGGGGGUGGGGGGGGGGCAUGGGGGGUAGGGAGCAGGAACAAACAAACCCGUGAUGUUUCGGGAACCCGUUUAGAAGGGAGUUGAAAAGGCUGGACACGAUUUACGAGAAGACUGCAAUCCUAAGGAGAGUGACGCACGCGAAUAGAAAGCUCUGUUACCAGUGGGGGAAGGGAUGAAAUUGGAACAGUUUGCGAGGGGAGAAGUGGGGGGGGGGGGGGGCAGCAUGUAAUGUGACCAUUGCGAAAAGAACGCAUAGAAAAAAAAGAAACGUUGCCGCACUCGGGUGAACGUUUUGGAGCGUUCUUACACGAAAGACUUGUAAGAUGCUGAAGGACGAAUAUCAAACCAGUGGAGCCGUUUUGGGUUUCUUUUCAACCGUUUUUUUUUUUCUUAUAUCCGUAUUAUAUUUGUAUACGUUUGAUGUUGUGUGCAGACGGCAUUUUUUCCCUUUUCUUUUCAUUUACGAUCUACGAAAAUCUUACUAUAAAACAUCAACUUUAUAUAUUACCUUGAUUAUUGUGAACUUUUCCAACCUCCCCAGUGAAUACAUUCUUUUCAAGCAAGCACGAUGUUUUUUUUACAGUUUGAAUACUUUCACUCUCAAACAAGGAAAAGUUAGUACUCCUACCUAUUCUUUUUGAAUCCUAAACGGGUUUUGAAUAAACAAAAACUUGUGUGUUCAAAUGAAGAAAUGAAAUGUGUAAGCGAAAUGAAAAAACAAAUUAAAAGCAGAACUACAUUGAAAUCUGAGCAUGAGGCACGUGGUUUGCAGUGCGCGUGUUAAAUGUUGAUACUGGAACGAAGCAUAAUAACAAUACCUAUACACUGACCCACACACUUAACAGACUGCUCAAUAUAGCAAACUUUAUGAAGAAUUAAAACAAAACAAAAAAUACAAAAAA